CCCCGGGAGGAGAGGCGUUAGAAGGGGCUUGCGGCGCCGGGGGCUCGGCCGGUAGGAGCCCGGGAGCAGCUUCCUCUAUGGAGCUCCAGAAAAUCGCAUCAUCCUCAAAGCCUCAUCCGCCUGUUGUGGGCAAAGUGACUCAUCACAGCAUUGAACUAUACUGGGAUCUGGAGAAGAAAGCAAAGCGGCAGGGGCCCCAGGAACAAUGGUUCAGGUUUUCUAUCGAAGAAGAGGACCCCAAAUUGCACACUUAUGGUAUCAUUUAUACGGGCUACGCGACCAAGCAUGUGGUGGAAGGCCUGGAACCGCGGACCCUGUACCGAUUUCGGCUGAAGGUCACCAGCCCCUCCGGAGAGUGCGCGUACAGCCCAGUGGUCUCGGUAUCCACGACCCGAGAACCCAUAAGUAGCGAACACUUGCACAGAGCUGUCAACGUGAACGAUGAAGAUCUGUUGGUGCGCAUCCUGCAAGGAGGCAACGUGAAGGUUGAUGUUCCCAAUAAAUUUGGCUUCACCGCCCUGAUGGUUGCUGCCCAGAGAGGAUACACCAGGCUUGUGAAAAUCCUCAUUUCUCACGGCACAGAUGUGAAUUUGCAGAAUGGAAGUGGCAAGGACAGCCUGAUGCUUGCAUGCUACGCAGGACACCUGGAUGUUGUGAAAUAUCUCCGAAGACAUGGUGCUUCUUGGGACACUAGAGACCUGGGAGGCUGUACAGCUCUGCACUGGGCUGCAGACGGAGGCCACUGCAAUGUGAUCGAGUGGAUGAUAGGGGACGGCUGUGAGGUGGACGUUGUCGAUGCUGGUUCCAGGUGGACCCCACUCAUGAGAGUCUCUGCAGUCUCGGGGAACCAGGAAGUUGCCUCUUUGCUGAUUGAUGCAGGCGCAGAUGUGAAUGUGAAGGACAAAGACGGGAAGACCCCUCUCAUGGUGGCCGUGCUGAAUAACCACGAAGAGUUAGUCCAGUUACUUCUUGACAGAGGGGCAGAUGCAAGUGUGAAAAAUGAGUUCGGCAAAGGUGUCCUCGAAAUGGCCAGAGUUUUCGACAGACAGGUUGGGAUGUUGUUGCUGCCUGUUGAGGCUAAUUUUGUAGCAUUAAAAAAAAAAAAAUUUAAAAACCUCAACUCUUGGAUUACAUGCACCUGUUUUUGUUUAUCUAGAAUGUCCUCUCCCUAUUAGAAGAAAGGAAAAGAAAGCAAAUGCUGAAGAAGUCAUCUAUUCGCUGACCAGGGAACCUCUUACUUCCCUCUCAAAGCCCAGUGAAACAAAGCAAAGCGGGAUUUGAACUGGAGAGAAGGAAUUCUGUUUCUCUGAGGGCUAUACAUUUGAUUACUUAUUUAGUUGAAGAUUCACAGUGACUUUUGUAACAUACAACUGUUCCCACUUUGAAAUACACCUUUUUACCUAAACAUGCAUGGCGGUGGUGUUGUCUCUGGGCGUCCGCAGGAUGAGGAUGUUUUCCUGAACUUGGAGUUAAACGUGAAACAGAAUAUUUAGGUCCCAGAGAUGGAGCUGCACAGCCACACACCGGUCUCCCUCUUCCCGCUCCCAUCCUCCCAGCUGUCUGCCCUCCGAGCCACCCCGGGAGCCGGUGGAAAUUCCCGCCCCCCCAACG